AUGGCGAAGGCGAUGAAAUCGAAACACGAAUCUUCCGGACUUACUCCUGAGCCACUAUCCCGACGGUUGAGACUCAGCGAAGAGGAGGAAACCAAAGAGGAAGCAGAUGAGCAGAUGAUCCAGACAGAAGCAGCCCAAGACAUCCUAGCAGAGCUUAAAAACAUGAAGGCGCAGACUGCAUUUCUUCUAGCUCAACAGGCUGACAAUUUGAGGGAAAAAGCACGCAAGGAGUUUGUUGUCGCAGGGUGGUCUAUGUUUGCAGCUGAAACUGAAGAUUUGGAAGCGCAAGGUCUCCAGUUGGAAUUGCAGACAGAGUCCCGAGAGAGAUGGGUGAAAGAACUAGCAAAAAAGGCGGGCAUCACGAGCUUUUACUAUCGCGACUGGGCCUUCUCCCACCAGACUCGAGGUGAAGCUUUGUCCCCCUUGACGAUCGUCACCGUAUCCCAGCCGUGGCAGCGCAAUAAACUCUUCGACUACACCAAAAAGUACGCAGGAACAGACAAGCUGAAAGAGCGUUUCUACUUGAAGGAAAAGGAAGAGCAAGAUUGGAACCGCAUAACCGAGAAGUUCGGCAACUUUCAGGGUUCCUCGCAAACGAAUGCAAACUACCUCAAAGUGCAACCCCAGAUCAGUCUAUGGGAUAGAAUCACUGGCCUACCGUUGAAGAUUGCCAUGACCGUUGCCGAGCAAGCCGGAAUCUCUUUUCGACACAACUGGAGGGAUCUUACACUCACUCAGAAAGAGUCGGGGGAAUAUGUCUUAUGGAUCCACUAUUCGCCCGACGACGGCACCGUUAUCGUCUACCUGAGCGCAAAGCACAUCCCUGACAGCACGACCUUCACGCACACGUACGAAUCCAGGUUCAAUGAGAUUCUCAACGGAGGUGGCAGGACAAAGGGCAAGGGGAAAGGCAGAAGUACAGGAAGCAAUGACAAGGAACCAUCAAUGCCGUUGACACACUCAUCACACGCACGAUCUUCCAAGUUCCCCUUCUCGUUGAAAGCCAGGGUGGUUCCGGAUCUCGAGAAUCACUGGGAUGUUUGGCGCACUCUUUGGAACGAAGCAGUCCAGAAAGCCUGCAGCCCCUACACCGUGAUGACAUCGUGA